AUGAGCAGCACCGUGCGCAUCGAGCGCACCCUGCUCAGUGAGAAGAUCAACAAGGCGCAGGUGCUGGCGCCCGUGGUGGGUGCGCUGCUCGGGCUGUGGCGCGGCUCCGGAACCGGAGUCGGGUACUGUGGGAGCAGCAACUCGGAGGCGGCGGAGAAGCAGAUGGCCUACCUGAGAAUGGUGGAGUGGCGGGUGGUGUUGCCCGCAGCAGACCCCGGAGCGCUGGACGCAGGGGCACGUGAGUUGGGCGAGCUACUGGCGGCGGCAGUGGCCCGGCGGCAGCAGCUGGCUGCCAGCGGCGAGGGCCCGGGUGCAGGUGGUGGUGAGGUUCCCGAGGAGCUGCUGGAUCCCAUCACGUCUGCACUGAUGACAGACCCGGUCAUACUGCCGGACUCGCAGAUGACCGUGGACCGGGCAACCAUCGAGCGGCAUUUCCUGAACAGUCUUACGGAUCCAUUCUCAAGGACGCCUCUUACGCGUGAGGCGUUACGACCUAAUGAGGAGGACGAGAAGCAAGGCGGUCGUGAAUGGUUGGGCACGAUUCUCUCGCGCUUUGGUCCUGUGAAGGAUAAGUCGCAAAACACAGCGGUCCUGGAGUUUGAGAAGCCUUUGCUGGAGCUGGAUAAGCGCAUAAGGGAGGUGCGCAAGGUUGCUGAGGAAAAUGGUGUCGAUGUCACCGCCUCCAUUGCUGAGCUGGAAAAUCGCGCGCGGCAGCUUCGCAAAGAGACUUAUAGCCGCCUGACGCCCGUGCAACGCCUGCAAGUGGCUCGUCACCCGAACCGUCCAACAUGCCUUGAUAUCAUCCUCAACAUUACUGACAAGUUCGUGGAGCUGCAUGGCGAUCGCGCCGGUUUGGACGACCCGGCAAUCGUUUGCGGUAUCGGUAGCAUUAACGGCACACCCUUCAUGAUGAUUGGUCACCAGAAGGGCCGUAACACGAAGGAGAACAUCCGCCGCAACUUCGGCAUGCCGCAGCCCAACGGCUACCGCAAGGCGCUGCGCUUUAUGCGCCAUGCUGAUAAGUUCGGUCUGCCAAUCAUCACCUUUGUGGACACCCCGGGCGCCUAUGCUGGCAAGACCGCGGAGGAGCUCGGUCAGGGUGAGGCCAUCGCUGUCAAUCUGCGGGAGAUGUUCGGGCUGCGUGUGCCCAUUAUCAGUGUGGUUAUCGGGGAGGGUGGCUCGGGUGGUGCCCUGGCCAUCGGAUGCGCGAACCGCAACCUCAUCAUGGAGAACGCGGUCUACUACGUCGCCUCUCCGGAGGCCUGCGCCGCGAUCCUCUGGAAGAGUCGGGGUGCCGCGGGCGAGGCGACUGAGGCGCUGCGCAUCACCUCUGCGGAGCUGGUCAAGUUCGGGGUGAUGGACCACAUUGUGCCUGAGCCGCUUGGUGGAGCGCACUCGGACCCCCUGUCGGCCUUCCCCAUGAUCAAGGAGACGAUUAUGAACACAUAUGCUCACUACGCGAACAUGUCGGAGGAGGAGAUCAAGCUGGACCGCUACGCCAAGUUCCGCAAGCUGGGCCAGUUCCAGGAAUUCGUGGUGAAGGGCGGGGACUGGCGCACGGCCCUGGCGGAGCGCGGUGCGGCCGCGGGUGUGACCACCAAGGCCGGCGCCUGGGCCGCCACGGAGGCGGAGGCACGCUACAUAGAGCAGCUUGUGGACGCCGAUGAGAAGUGGGAGAAGCUGCUUGCGGAGGGAGCUGAGUGGCUCAACAAGCCGGUACAGCCGCCAGGCCUGGGGCGGUCAGGCAUUAUGGACGUGGCCGUCACGAUGGUCGAGGCACGGCGACGCAAGCAGGUGCAACAGCAGGCGGCAGCAGCGGGCGCCCAGGCAUACCAGGCGGCGGCUACUAAUGGCACAGUUGUUAACGCUACUGCGUAACUGGAUGAUCAUGUGCGCAAAAGCGAGCUGUAAUGAAUUACGCGCGCUUGCUUUUCGUUACGUAAGCGUACAAAAGCUGCAGUAAACUGUUGUGCAUGGACUUAAGGUCCCGCAGUUGAAAGAGCACACGGCGAACGAAUGAAGAAUGCUGUUUUGUGUUGGCUUGGACCGUCAGCGCCACCACGACGGUGUGUGUACCUAAAGAAUGCCAUUCGGGUGGUUGGGACAACGCGGUGAAAGCUGAAGCCGCUGAAUGUUUUAUAUUUAGAAGUCGUGUACGUAUGUAUGUAUGUAAAGACGUGGCAGGCCUGCCUUUUUCGUCUUGAGAGUUCGAGAGAGGGUUGUUGGUGUUGAUACGUCUUCAACGCGAGAGGUUGACCCAUGCUGUAGCAACGUAUGCAUGAUCUCGUGUCGCGUGUUGUUGUUACAGCUGCUACUGCUGGGCCACGUGGGGAUGAUGCCUUGGGCUGAAUACACGCGUGUGUCGCUCUCCGAGCUCGCCUGUAGAUUGCAGGGGUCGGAUCCCGUGCAGAGAGAGCAAGGUACCAUGCAUAAGAAGAAUUUUGCGUCGCCGUGUGAAAAAAGUUUUAACUAAGUGUCAGUGAAGAGGUUUUAUAGUAGACCGAGAUAUGCUGUUUACUGUACCUGCUGAAGCACUGCACUUUCGAAGAAAUGUGUCCCAUGGGUUAUUGUAAGAACACGUCGGUCGAUAUCGUUUCACUGUAUUACCUUAUGUAUAUUCGCUUCAG